GAUUAUUUGAAAGAUUGACUAUAAACGUGUCUACUUGUAACUUUUGCCUGCCCGCUGUAGCCAGCUGGCGGGUGACAGCCACGCGUCAACUGGCAAUGCCACCACCCGAGACAAGGGCGGCAAGUUCGUCUGGGUUGCAGAUAAUUUUUCCCCUAUCCAUCACUGCUGGUCCAUCACUGCUGGGCAGUGGACGUUAAAUUAGAGUAACAACUAAAAUCUUCACAGAUAACGCCGGAGACUCCUGUAUUCUGCGGAGUCCGCAAACUCAGACAAGCGCAUCGGUGUCCAAGCAAGCACCGACUCUCCGACACACAAACACACUCCGCACUCGAUUCUUCUACAUCUUAUUCCCGAGUCCGCUCUGUUGGUAUUCUCCCAUUUCUUGGCAUCAUGUUUUCCAUUUAUCCGUAAUUUGUCGCUAUUUUGACCGCCGCCGCACGUUUGGCCAGUACGCGUGUUCCUGAGCCUUUGACGUCAGAGAAGCGCAUUUGAGGCUAAACUUUAGCGAGGCGCUAAUGGCCUGCAACCGCUUGGCCACAUCGGGGCAAGGCUACGAUGCAACUCCAGACGGUCCAUUGUGGCCGUGCAUUAUAGGAUAAAAUGGAUGAAUCACAUGGCAUAAAAGGGGGCUAUGAGAGAAGAGGCCGCCAUUGUAAUAAUAUUUACAAAUUUAUCAGAUGACACGGUGAUUGGGAUUGUGGCAAAGUCAAAAAAGUGCGAGACCACAAUUCUCAAGCUCUAACUAACUCUUAUAUACAGCCCAAAAUCUCACAUAAUCCUCUUAAUUAAUAGUCAAAAGACUACAGAGUCUGAUACUACUAAUUACCUUUUUAUAGCUCAGAUUUGACGCUAAGUCUAAGAUUUUUGGGCAGUUUUCUGUGAAUUUUGUAUGUUUCAUCUGCUUGAGGAAUCAAGCACAAAGGCUUCGGGAAGUUGCGGGCUCCGAUCUGGGAUCCUCAAGGGCUCAUAACCGUGAGAAAGUCAAAAAAGUGUGACACCACAAUUCUCUAACUCUUAUAAGCAGCCCAAACUCCCACAGGGAUAUUAGGAUAUUCCUCCCCGUAUCGGGGUUGCAAAAAGAGCGGUUGGACGUGUAAGUGGCGCGACUCCAUCAACGUGCCAAGACAGACAAGGAGAGACCGGCGUUCCGUCGAUGCCGCGUGAUAUUACACUGUUUUCUUUGGUAUAGAGACAAGUCUCUGGAAAAAGGACCUAUAAACAAACAGGGUAUUUUGUUAGUGUUGACUCUCUAACACUUACUUGCCUUUGCUGGCAGAUUUCGACCAACUCCUUCCCAGCUUUGGACGAUUCACUGCUGCACACUUCCAAUACAUUAACAACCUUCUUCAAUAUCCUAGAAUUUCACUGUGCACCGGGAGACGGUAGCUUACAAAUAUGCGUUUCCGACUCGCAUCUGCACUGGCUGUUGCAACCACCCUCCUAGCCCUUUGUGCUCUUCGACACCACAUCCAAGUUCUUCGCGAUAUUAUACACACUUAUUCGGCAUUUUACCCUUUGAUACGAGAGUAUCCAGAACUGUUGUAUAAAUAUCCCGAGUCGAAUAAUGAGUCGACUGCCGUUCCCAAAAUCAUUCACCAAGUCGCUCUUGGAAAUGGCACGAUAGCAAAGUACGAACAAGCCAUGGAGAGCUGCCGACAGCUUCACCCAACAUGGCAAUUUUUCCUCUGGACGGACACAAAUGCGACCGAUUUUAUGGCUGAAAUGUAUCCCGAGAUUUCGCCACAUUACAAUGGCUACUUUCAAAAUAUUCAGAGAGCCAAUGUCCUGCGAUACGCGGUGCUACACACAUUUGGUGGUGUCUACUUGGAUUUGGACAUUACCUGUCUGGUUGCGCUAGAAGCAACCGGGCUGACGCAGCUGCCUUUUGUCAGCCCUGGAGCCCAUCCUGCAGGUGUCAAUAAUGCGUUUAUUCUCACACAACCUGGUCAUAGCUUUCUUGAAAGGCUACUGUCGGCGAUCCCACGCCACGAUCUGGCAUGGGCUGCACCUAUGCGGCUUCCGUAUAUAGAGAACAUGCUCAGCACUGGAUGCAUGUUCUUUUCAAAUCAGUGGAUCAAAUAUGCGGAACGCUAUGUUUCCGGAGAGGAGACUGAAAGCGUCAUGGUUUUGGCCGACAAAGAGGGCGAUAUUGCACCUCAUAUGUUGCGCGGCAUAGUGCAAACCCCAAUCAUGGCACACGGCGGAGCCAGUAGCUGGCACGGAUGGGACGCAGCGGCAAUUGUGGCCAUUGGCAAGCAUUACAAAUCGAUAGUGUCGCUUGUCGCCGUAGGAUUCACUCUUGCAAUUUUGUGUGUCCUUUUAAGGUGCUUGGGUACGAGGGUCAAGCGCCACAAAUCGUGGAUGUUGCAGGGGGCGGAGAAGGGCCUGCUGGAAUAGUUUAGCACGCAUAGCAAUUGCUUUCCAUCAUUCAGUGCAGCGAGUGUUAUUGGAGACCGCAUUGAUAUAUUUGAUUUCUUGUUUCGCUCCUAGUUGAAAUCAUAUUUUUUGUCCUAAUUAUCUCACAUAGACUCAUGUCAUCGGUUAUCCGCGAGUCAGGCAGUCCCCUGCACAGCCGAUGGUGCUGAGCUUGGCGAUGAGUAUCCAG